CAUGGAGCCCGCUUUAGCAAACUUUGAUGAAAGUUUUGAAGAUGGAGAUGAUUUCGAUGAUUCAAAGCUUCCAUCUUCUGGCUAUGAAUAUCUCAGGAGAGUUCAGUAAGUAUAGACCUUUCAACAUAAAAUCUAAGGCCGCCGCCAAUAAGCUGCCGGCCGCUCUGCUGAGCGAGAGAAGAACUUAGAACCCACAAAUAAGCCUUAUAAGCUUAUGAAUAUGUUUUAAUAGAAUUAUUUUUUUUAUAAGCUUAACUUAUAUUCUUAAUACUUCUAUUUUGUCUGUAUUUAAUUUAGGACUUCACUGUUUUUAUCAAUUUAAUUUAAUUCAUUUAGUCUUAGCUCAUUUAAUUUAAUUAUCUUUAUUCAACUACAGAUGUAGUUUAGCUCAGUUUAUUUGUGUAACAGUAAAUAGCUUGGUCUGAUGCUCGGUGUAAGCUAGAAGCUUUGAAACUGAUGACUGAUGUAAGACAAAAGAAACAAAUAGGUCAACACCAUAGAACCUACCAAACCAAAAUAAGUGCGAAACAAAGAAAAAGUUCACAGGUUCAUAUGCUGAAGUAAACCCGCUUGCUUAGUAGGAGAUCCACAUCAGCUUUAGCUACCUUUGUAACCCAGCAAACUAUGUAAGUAUGCAUGCAUGUAGACCGCAGGUUGAAAGUUGGCUGGACAGAAAGACAAGUCAACCUGUGUUGAAGCAAGUGCAUGUGCUUGCCACUUAGAUUGGGAAAAUGUUUCAACUGUGCAUGUUUGCCAAUUUUAUUUGGAAGAAUGUCCUAGUAACUGUAUUGUAAUUAUGAAAUCUCUGUUUGAAGGGAGAUGUUUGUAAACAUGUGAAAUCAAUGCUAUUAAAAUUAAUGUGUCUGGCAUGUUUUUUCAUCAUAAGCAGAGUGUUGUUAAUUAGUGAAUGGUAAAAGUUUGUGAAAUUCCUGUCACAAGCCCCUGGACUCUAGCGGCAGUGAUGUUAGGACAUGAGUCCCCCUAUUUUCUUUGCUUCCUCCUAAACCAUCCUCUGCCCCCAAAGUAGUUUUGGCACUCAUCCAAGAUGGCCACCUGUAAUGUACAGUCAUGUAAAGCACUCAAUCUUAACAAUCUCAUGGAAAAUAGGGACUGUGAACAGUCUGAGUUCAAAUUCAAACACAAUGGACCGAGAACAAAACUUUAUUAUUCCUGUAAUAACAAUAAUAUUAAAUAAUAUUCUUCUUUAGAAGAAGCAUUUGAGUUUUUAAUGGAGCUUAUUGAUAGAGAAAACAAAACUUUACCAUAAUCGACUAGGAGAAACAUAGUUGAACAAAUUUACAUUUGGAAUGCCAUGACUGCACUGUAGCUGUCUUUCCUGUGAAAUGUCCCUUAGUGGCAAGGAGCAAGGAGAGACAGCUGUAUUUGCAGGCUAUUUAAAAAGUUGCACUGCAUGUAUUAAAAGCAAUCUGUCUCCAAUUACACAUGAUAUUAUAUAUGCAAAUUUUACUUGCAUGUUAGUGUUUGGGGAUAUUUUUAUAUCAUUAUUAUUUAGCUUUGUCUGUUACUGUCUAUUUGAGUUAUACAUGAAAAAGGAUUGUGGGUGUCUUUUGGUCAAGAUGUUGUACUUACUAUAAUUAAGGGUUUGGUCGACUUUCUAGAGCCAAACGCAAGCCCAAGUCAACCAUGAGCCACAAGCCAAGCAGGAUCGAGCCAAUCUCAAGUCAAGCCCUAAUGUUAAUUUUUUCCCUCUUUUGGGUGGCUUGUGGUUGACUUUGGUUUGCGUUUGGCUCGUAAAAUGACCCAACUCACUGUCAACUAAUAUUUAAUCAUUUAUAUUUUGCCAGUUUUGAAGCCAUGCAGUGUCCUGAUGUUGUUGUAGCCAAUCUUGACACGCACAGUUUUCUAGGCAAGCAGACUGUUCAUGUUAGUGAGGUAGUAUAGUACUGUUUUUACCAUAGUCUUUAGAACUUCUAUUAUAAAUAGCUCAUACAUGUAGUAGACUCUGCUGAGGAGAAAUCUUUUGAGAAACAACCACAGGCUUCCAACAGUGCUAGGACUUGGAACAUCUUGAUUCUGCUACUCAGCUCUACAAUGUGCUGUAAGAAAAGGGGUGCUAGUCCCAGGGGGUACUCUAUUGUAAAAGCCAUAUAGGUAUGUGCCUCCCUGUUUCGGUCUGAAAACAGUAUAAAAUUUGUCCAUAUUUUUGGUCUGGAAUUGGGUGUGGUUUUCAAGGGAACUGCAAGAAUUAUGUAUAAAAAUAUUUGUCAUUUCAAUUUCUUAUGUCGAAUAAGAAAGAAAGAAAGAGUAAUGUGCGAAUUCAACUGCAACUCUACAACAACUAAAACCGAUUAUUGCAAAAUUUACAGCAAGCAAUAUCCACUGGCCACAGUUAGCAGAUUAGCUAGUCAAGGCGAGCAGUGGUUUAUACACUAUGUUAUAUAUAUGGAAAUAGCUCACAACAGAGACUAGAGAAAAAGAGUAAAAAAUGUUAAAUAAAUUAAUAAUAAUAAAUCCAAUUCAAUUAAGUUUACAGUCAUAGAUCAAAAUAGAUUUUGAGAAAUUGUUCGGUUGGCAUCAUAAUCUUAAAGUAAUGGUGACAUAAUUCCUGCCUAUGUGAACAUGUAUGUUGCAUUUCAUGCGUUUUAUGACGUCCUCCAGGUCUGAAAACAGCCGGUAUGGAUUUUAGAUGCCAGGUCUGAAAAUGAGUUUGAAAAAUGAUGUUUUUUGGUCUGAGAUAGUGUCUGGAUUUGGAGAAUUGGGUAACACCUGUCCCCCACUAAAACGGAAAAGAGCUGAAAGUUUAUGUUAACCACAGUUUGGUAACCAUCAUCUGGGCUUGAAAUAAUUUCCAAUUCCUGGCUGGUGUCAGUCAAUUAUGCAAGUUUUCUGGUACGCCUAGUUUUGCUUGCACACAACCCAUUUUCGGCUAGAUGUACAUGUAAUCCAAUCAUUACAUUUGUUGUACUCGAUUAAGCACCUAAGAUGGCAUGAAGACUCACAAAACCAGAGCCUACUUUAACUGUGAGCUCUUUUUAACAAUAAUUACAAUCAUGGCAAAAAUUUCAAUGCAUUCAUUCAACUUCUUUGAUGUUAUAUGACCCUCUUUCCCCCACUUUGGAUCAGCAGAAUCCAAAUGCUCUAAAUGUAUUAUAUUUCUGAAUAAUUUGUUUUUUCCAUAGAGGUCUGGUUGGUCACCAGCUCCUGCUGGAUUUGCUCCCUCAAUUGAUUGGCAGAUGCAGCAAACAGCAGACUUUGCAGAUAUCAGACAGGUACCACAUAUUACAUGUAUAUUACAUGUAAUANGCUGUAAGAAAAGGGGUGCUAGUCCCAGGGGGUACUCUAUUGUAAAAGCCAUAUAGGUAUGUGCCUCCCUGUUUCGGUCUGAAAACAGUAUAAAAUUUGUCCAUAUUUUUGGUCUGGAAUUGGGUGUGGUUUUCAAGGGAACUGCAAGAAUUAUGUAUAAAAAUAUUUGUCAUUUCAAUUUCUUAUGUCGAAUAAGAAAGAAAGAAAGAGUAAUGUGCGAAUUCAACUGCAACUCUACAACAACUAAAACCGAUUAUUGCAAAAUUUACAGCAAGCAAUAUCCACUGGCCACAGUUAGCAGAUUAGCUAGUCAAGGCGAGCAGUGGUUUAUACACUAUGUUAUAUAUAUGGAAAUAGCUCACAACAGAGACUAGAGAAAAAGAGUAAAAAAUGUUAAAUAAAUUAAUAAUAAUAAAUCCAAUUCAAUUAAGUUUACAGUCAUAGAUCAAAAUAGAUUUUGAGAAAUUGUUCGGUUGGCAUCAUAAUCUUAAAGUAAUGGUGACAUAAUUCCUGCCUAUGUGAACAUGUAUGUUGCAUUUCAUGCGUUUUAUGACGUCCUCCAGGUCUGAAAACAGCCGGUAUGGAUUUUAGAUGCCAGGUCUGAAAAUGAGUUUGAAAAAUGAUGUUUUUUGGUCUGAGAUAGUGUCUGGAUUUGGAGAAUUGGGUAACACCUGUCCCCCACUAAAACGGAAAAGAGCUGAAAGUUUAUGUUAACCACAGUUUGGUAACCAUCAUCUGGGCUUGAAAUAAUUUCCAAUUCCUGGCUGGUGUCAGUCAAUUAUGCAAGUUUUCUGGUACGCCUAGUUUUGCUUGCACACAACCCAUUUUCGGCUAGAUGUACAUGUAAUCCAAUCAUUACAUUUGUUGUACUCGAUUAAGCACCUAAGAUGGCAUGAAGACUCACAAAACCAGAGCCUACUUUAACUGUGAGCUCUUUUUAACAAUAAUUACAAUCAUGGCAAAAAUUUCAAUGCAUUCAUUCAACUUCUUUGAUGUUAUAUGACCCUCUUUCCCCCACUUUGGAUCAGCAGAAUCCAAAUGCUCUAAAUGUAUUAUAUUUCUGAAUAAUUUGUUUUUUCCAUAGAGGUCUGGUUGGUCACCAGCUCCUGCUGGAUUUGCUCCCUCAAUUGAUUGGCAGAUGCAGCAAACAGCAGACUUUGCAGAUAUCAGACAGGUACCACAUAUUACAUGUAUAUUACAUGUAAUAAACUAAAAAAAGGUGAUGUCUAUUCAGUACUGUAACUUCAGUUUUCUGGACCGUGAAAAAUUAAGAGGUUUCUUUAUCAGUAUUAUUACAUGUAUUAAUUAUUAUUUUUCUUUUAAUUGCAUUUUCUUAUUCAUCUGUUUGUUUUCUCGCAUAAUAAUUAUAAAUAAAUGGUUGUUAUUUCAAAACACCGCCUAACUAUUUGCAAUUUUUACACUGUGGAACUAGGUUUCUUUUCAUUUAUAUUAUUACUAGAAGCUGGCUCAUCAUCGUGCAAAAUGGAUUAAAGUGAAUUCCACUACUCUUGUCUUGGUAAGCUAAAAAAAAAGCAUGUUUCCAAGUAGGCUGAUGCUGAGUGUAAUAAAUUCUGUCUGCCAUGGCCAGUGCAGUUUACCACUAGGAAGGUUCAUUUUAUUUAAACCACAAUUAAAUAAUGAAAAGAGAAAAUUAGAAAAUUGAAGGGUUUUUCAAACUCUGUUUUAUUUUAUGAAAAUCAUUGCCUUAUCAUUGCUCUCAGUACUCAGAACAGAGAUAUAUAGCCUUUUCUGAAAUUGGGGCUUACAUGUAUGCGAAUAUCUUUUGCAUUAUAUUAUCUGGUUUUAAGAUUUGCCCUUGCAAAAAUAGCCUGCAUGCAAAAUGUGGGCUCUUUUUUUUUUUAAACUUUUCAUUUCCAGCAAAAUCGCAACAUAGGCCCCCAUGCACAGAUCUUUUGAAUUUUGGGGGAAACUUAGGCAAUAUUAUUGUUAUAGAAUUACAAGUUUCUGCAGCAUUAGCAUCAAUAUAGGCUUAUGCAUGGCUUUUAGGUUAUUUCAAAUAAUUGUCUAUGUACCAUGUAAGUUGCUGACACUGACUCAACUAACAAGGUAUUGUUUCUCAAAAUAGUGUGAAUCAUGAUUACCUAAAAAGAAGCAGAUAUCUAAUUGAAUUUGUAGUACAUAAAAAUCAGUACUUCAGCUGGUAUCUGCAUGAGACCUUUUCAUUUCUAAUUCAAUAAUCUAUUUGCCAGCCAAAGAAGAAUGAUUCAUUGGGGUGGUGUCAAUUUUGCCUUGGAGAUAAAGUUGCGUCAAAAAUCUCAGAUAGCAGGUAUAAAAUGAAUUUUACUUUAAAAAAAAAAUAGACCAGCCUGUUAGACUGUGAGGAUGUGUCCUGGAUAUUGCUGGGAUAAUUAAGUGGAGUAAAAUCAAUUUUAGAAACAAGAAAAUGGAACUUAUUUUUUUAAUGGUAAAAAUGUAGACUUCUACAGUGUACUUGCAGUGGAAAUUGAAACUAUGGCUGUUUGGAUGGAGAUCUGUUAGCUACAAUAGACUUCAAUUUACUUUAUUGUUCAUCCAAAAUAUUUCUGCGGUUCAGAUUCCCUCUGCUAAUUGGUUCAGGUAUUGAACGGAAGAAAGAAAAAGGGAGGUACAAGUUUGGGUACAAGUAGGCACCAACUUUGUUCGUGGAUCCUCUCCUACUCAACCCCCGCAGGUCCCCCUGGAGCAAGAGAGAGAUCGUGGAAACGAGGUUGGCGGGGCACGUGAAAACAUGAGUUAACUCUUGAGGAACCUUAUUUCUCCCCCAUCCCUUCCCUUUCAAUAGCUACAGAUGCACUGUGGGGAUCCCAGCGGUACCAAUAGUAGACCUCCUUUGGCUUUCAAGCUUUGCGAUCCUGGGUCAAAGUGCAAUUUAAUUUUAUGCUAGAGAUGGGAAUUUUCUGGGUUGAUUAAUUUUGCAGUAUUCUCGUGGAAUUGAGUUUUACGUCCAUCAUGUGUUGGUGUGCUGUGAAUCAGUGAGCUGGUUGAUUUUGGCAAUAAGGUUUUCUUGAGCGUACCGUAUUCAGCGACCCGGGAAUCUGAGCUGGCAGGCUUUAAAGGAGCAGUGUCACAAAGUUUAUUAGAAUUCAAACAGAAGAAACUGCCAACAAAUUGAGUGAAACAGAAAAAUAACCUCUCAAAAUGUUAAAAGAAGGAAUGAAUAACGCAGCAUAUACAAAAGGAGGCACGGAUGGAUAGACUUGAUUGAAAAGGAUUGCAAUUGUGGUUUUCGAAAAGUUUUUUUCUUGCCCAACAAUUUUUCAAAGUUAAUUUAUGUUGUGAAGCUCUGAAAGGUUUCAGCCCAGGAGUUAUUUCAUAUUAAGGAGGUUGAACAUGGUCGUCCGGGUGAACAUAGCCCUGAAUAGAACUGUUGUUGACCGUGUCUGACGUUUCGACAACCUGUGCGCGGUAGUCAUCUUCAGAGUCAAAGUGAGUUGUAUCACGUCAAUUGAUGGUAUUGAAUUUGGCUAUUAACAGCGUACAAGACGAGACUGACUACCUAAACAACGUUUUUUGACACAACAACUCACUCUGACUCUGAAGAUGACUACCGCACAGCUUGUCGAAACGUCAGUCACUGCCAACAACAACAGUCCUAUUCAGUACUACGCUCAACUGGUUGAUCAUGCUCAACGUACUUAUUAAUUUAUCUUGUUUGACAUGAAGCUGUGCUUUUGUCAUUCAUUAUUUCCAUAAAAAUUAUAGCAAACAAGGAUGCACAACAAGCAUUAUUAACAGAAUGAACUCCGUGACGACCUUGCAGACACAGCCCAUUUAACUGAACACCUGAUGUCAGAGCUGGCUUCAUUGACAAACUCAAGUCACUUUUGUGUAAUUUUAUACUUGUAUGUGCAUAUAAAAGUAGAAAAGCUUAAUUCUUAUAGCAUUUUGAUGCAAAACAUUAUAAUGAUGUUUAUCAAAACAGACAAAAGAAUGGCAAAAGUACUCAGAAAGAAACAAGUUCAUGUGAAAAUGUUUCCCUACCAAGCUCAAGUCAGGUAACUAACUAAUCAUACUAAAUAUAAAUGAGAUGUGGGCAGUUUUAACGGAACUGGUUUCACAGUUGCUUAUUGUUAACUAUUUUACUCGAAAGUCAUCAGGCUCAAGUCUUUUACUCAUUUUUUUUUAAAAACUGAUAUUCAGUAUUUUGUGCGCCCACCCAAAUGAAUCUUUUUCAGCAGGAAUAUCACAAAGCCACGUUGUAACUAUCUCUGAAUUUUUUUCUGAUAUUUUAGUCUAACAAUGAAUUAUUAUUUUUCUUCUGCAGGAAUUGGAAGGAACCCCACCCUUACUAAGUGUACUUCAGGGCAUUAACCAGGUAUUUUAGAAAUAAUUGCACAUAUGUUGAAAUAAAUAACUUUUUUCACAAUACGCAAAAGAUCAUUCCUGCGCAAUUACUGUGAAAAUUUCUUCCCUCCCCGUUAUAUUGAUCAGACAACUGGUCACGGUUAUUCAAAACUUGGGUAGCGCUAUCCACUGGAGAAAUCACUGUCCAGCGGUUAAGUAUUAGGAAAGCCAAUUGCGCUAUUCAUUGGAUAAAGAUUUAUCCUGUGGAUAGCGUUAUACGUCUUUUGAACUUCUGGGACCAGAAGGUAAAGUUCUAGUUGGAUAUUAGCAUGGAUCAGAAUACUUAAUCACACCUGUCAGUCCACUAGAGAAAUUACUAAUGCGACAUAUUUGCUGGCGAGCCUUUGCGAGCCAGCACACUUUUCGCUUCCUUUUGUAGAUACCGAGGCACAGAUUACGUGCAACAAAAGAAACAGUAUAACCAAACAUUAAAGCCGCUAGGAGAACUCUAUUGUUUGGUUCCUUUGUGUCUUUGUAAUGAAGGCACUUGCAGAAAGACCCCACUAUUUUCUACUAUAGCGGGAAAAAGCCAAAAUUUGUCAGAUGUAAGAUCAGAAGCAUGCGCAGUCGAUUGGUUUUUAUAUUAUGCGGGGUAUUCACUCCUAAUGAAUCUCGAGAAAGACGAGAGAUUUAAAUAUGUGUUUGGCUGAUAUGUUUGUGAUUCGCGAAUAAUGAAAGUGCGAAGAUAUCGAUAAAGUCCUCCUUUAUGGACAUAGUUUUUUCUCUUUGCAUUCAGCAGAAUAAAGUGCUAGGCCAAAAUACUUCUAUUUCGGAGUUAACUACCGACUCUAGGGUGGGAAGGUGUUAGGGUGGGAAUGGAGGAAGAAGGUAAAUGCUGCACCCCCCCCCCCCCCCCCCCCCCCCCCCCCCCCCCGGCAUCGGCCCCUGUAAACCCUACAGUAGUUUUCAUUUUCUGCGUAGUGGAGUAGUGUCACUUGCAAACCUAAAAGCAAUUGUUUGAUUUACAGUCGGAAACCACGGGCAUGUAAAAAGCCUUUGGAAAGCCCCGGGUUGGGCCGAUGCCCGAGCCCCGGAUCGUGCACGCGCUCUACCACCGUACCGACAAGAAGCGCGAAUGCUCUUUAGUUUUCUUAAAUUACUUUAAACAAAAAAUAUUCAUUUCUGUAUUCUUGGAUUUACUUCACUUUGCAGGCAACUUUGUUGCAAGUUUUGGAAUAUCAUGUAGCUUGGUUGGAAGAAAUUGGCUUUUCUCAUCACCAGGUAAAAUGAAUCAAAAUUGGAUCUCCCAUCCCAUGUUUCGUGCCCAUUACCUCUAUAGAAGCGAACCCACUAUUGCUUAGAUUUCGAGUUGUACUCACUGUAAGAAAUCCAAAACUCGCAAAGGGCUUCAAAAUUGCUACAGAAGCGAACAGACAGUAAAAGACGCAAAGAUGAGUCGUUAUCUUUUAUCAAGCGAAAUUUAGAAUGUAUUUUUUUUUUAUUCUCAUAGAUUUUUUUGUAAAAUCCAAAUUCCAACAAGCUUGAGCUGUCUGUGGUUUAUUGUAGCCAGAGCUAUCUAAAGGACGGCCGAUAGAGAUCUGGGGACGGAACAUUAACUAACGAAAUGGAGUUUAAAAUCUGGCUUAGGACACUUUGUUUUAGUCUAGUUGUUGUUCCCGCAGGGGCGCUGGUUUUACGCUCUUCUUGUUUGCUUGGAAAAACCUCUUCUCCCAGAAACCACAUCUUUACUGCGCACACUCGCCAGGCUCUGUGCAACAUUGAGAGCAUCACUGGUAAGUCCGUGCCUUUUGAUCUUACUGGUAAUCCUGUGCGUUCGAGUCUAA